UUUAUUUACCACUAUUUAUUUGUGGUUUUUUCAUCGCCAAUCUACUUUCAAUCAUAGAUUGUGACGGUAAGCUUCUGCGUGCUGCUUACUGCCUUUUAUGCGUCAGCUGUCUUUGAUCCCACAUCAUAUGCUGGAGAACAAAUCGAAAUUCUCCUUGCUGGUAAAGUGAAAUCCGUUUCGGAAUAUUUCGACACCACCACACGAAGAGUUAUAACAUUUGUUGCAUUAAUUGCAACGAUGGUUUACGGUAUAACUGUGCUUAUACACAGUUGGCUUAUGGUUGUUGUCGUACGUUGUGCACAAUGUUUUCGAGAAAAUCAAUCAAUAGUCGUAAGUUCUUUGGGAAAACUUGCUAUGACAAACGAUUGGUGUUUCAGAGCCGUUGAUUACUUUGCAGAUGAAGCUUUAACAUUUGAUGUGACGCGAAAUCUGGUCGAGUCUUAUGGGAUCUCAUUGAGUAAUCUGGUUUUACUCUCAUACUUCUUCACGAACAAUUGGAAAAUGUGCAAUCGCGUCCGUCACCGCGUAGAGGGACGCAAAAAUAUGUUAAUUGACGUGCCUUUUAAGCUGUUCCCGAUCCUUUACAAGAUUCAAUUGAGUAUCAAAUAUCCUAACGGCUGA